GUUUUCACUUGUUUCCAUCUACCAAACUGACAUUACGUCAUUUGAUCAAUUUCUAAAGUUGUUUCUUUUUGGAUUUUUUAAUUAAUUUGGUUAGGGUUAGAGUUAGGGUUGCGGUUAGGGUUAGGGGUUAGAGUAGGGGUAGGGUUUGGGCUAGUUACAUAGCCAUUUAACACCUCUUCAAUCUUCUGAAAAUGACGUCAUGUCAGUUUGGUGGUUGGAAACAAGUGCUGACCUGAUCAGUGAUGCGCGCGCAUGCGCUGUUGCGGUUUAGGCAGAAUAGAAUUAUGGAUGAUUCAAUUACUCUACAUUAAUUAUACAAAGAAAAUAUUUGGGCAACGCUACCUUUGGCAACGCUUCGGUGCUGUUUUCAAAGAAAGUAAUUUUUUCCUUCUCUAAAAUCAGCAAUCAGAUCGACAAUUAAGCAAAAUGGAGACAGAUUCUCUGUUAUUUUCAAAAUCGAGUAAUGCUUUGGCUCAAAUUGGCGAAACAACGAGCGAAGAGGAGCCGAAAUUGUACAGAAGACGUUGGGUUAUGUUGGCCAUUUUAACCUUACUCACAGCAGAGAAUUUAACUCAAUGGUUGUUCUACAGUGCGAUUAGCAACAUUACGGAGUAUCAUUUUGGCGUUUCAUCAUUCCCAGCGCAAUGUCUGUCUCUCAACAAUCUCGCAAUCAUCAUGAUUUUUGGUUUACCGGCAACGUUUAUUAUCAACAGAACGACUCUGAAGUCUGGCAUUCUGAUAAGUGGCUUACUGAGUCUUAUAGCUUUAUGGAUCAAGUUUUUCGGGGCGGGGAAAAACGGAUUUGCUUUGUCAUUAUGCGGACAAAUUUUCGCAUCUGUGGGGACUUGUUUUGUACUUCCACUUCCCGCACAAUUGGCUUCAAUUUGGUUUGGGAUAUAUGAGAGAUCUCUUGCAACAUCUAUUGCUGCUAGUGGCCUGUCUGUUGGGAUGGGAUCAGCCUAUUUAUUUGCAGUUCAGUUCGUACCAGAUGUUGAGAACCAUACAAAAAUUGAAGAUGGCAUACGUAAAAGUAUCCUUGUUCAAGCAAUGCUGUGUUCGACAACGAUUAUUGCGGCAGUGAUUUUGUUUGAUAAUGUGCCUCCAUCCCCACCGAGUCCAUCCCAAGCUGCAGUCAGCACAGAUGAACAAGUAAGGCCACCAUAUCUUCAUUCUUUACGAGAAGCGUUGAGCAAUACCUCGUUUGUUCUAACUGGACUAACAUUUGGGGCAGUUAGUGGUGUGCUUUAUGCAUUUUUCAGCCUACUGAGCGACAUCAUCCUUGACAACUAUGGUGUUGAUGAAGAUGUGGUUGGAUGGAUGGGUUUCAUUGGGUCAAUUAUCGGUAUCCCUGGUAUGCUCGGUGCAGGGUUCUGGCUCGAUCGGACAAAGACGUAUAAAAAAUCAUUCGUGGGAUGUUCAGGUCUUAUCUUCCUCACAUGUUUGGGUUUUACAUUAGCAGUGAAGUACAAUGCACCUAUAAGUGUGGUGUAUGUUCUUGUUGGGUUAUUUGGUUUCUUAACGGCAGCUCUAACAACCAUUGGUUUCUUGCUUGGUGCCGAACUUACUUAUCCCGUUCCUGAGAUUGUGUCAUCUGGAGCACUUUUGACAAGUGGACAGGCGUUCGGCGUUUUAGUAUUGGGCAUAACAUCCUACACUGUAGCUGCAGUCAGUAGUGAAUUUGUGAAUUGGUUUAUCACUGGCAUAUGUUUGUUUGCCUUUUUGGUUACUCCGUUCAUAAAAUCGGACUUCCGACGGCUUGCAGAAGAUAGCAUCGCAUCAUCAAGCACUAUUGUAGCUACUAGUAGUGAAAAGGAAUAAAGUGGCCCUAAAGUAUUUGGGGAUGGGGAAAUUAUUGGUUGAAGGAGGGGUGGAAUAUUGCAUGAUCGUCGGGGUGCAGAUAUUUUAAUGGGUUACUGCCCCCCCCCCCCUAUCUAGAAAGUCUAACAAUAAGCCAAUUAGCCUAGUUCUCACAAAAAGGCCAAAAUCCACCAUGAUUUUGGGGGUACUGUCUGCCCUUGUGAAAGAUUCUAGACAAUUAAAACUACAACUUUAAAAAGCUGUAACUGUAAAUUUACCAUUAUACAUAUUACAAACAACUAUAAUACAAAAAAAGUUGUGUUUCGUGGUGUGGAGACUCUCAGUGGUAGAAGCAGUACCCCCAAAAUGGUGGGGAAAUCGUCUGUGAGAAAGGCUAAUUCAUUACGAUCGUCCAAAUGAUGUGUUUCGUGUUGGGGUAAAUUGCUGUUGAAUCAUAACAUGUACUGUAGCUGAGACUGGAAGCAAUAUUUAAGUAAAAGUGCAUGUCAAAGUGUUGACUACUUUGAUAUGCAUAUUCUAACUUGUACAGUCUCGACUACAUUUUAUAGUGCAACUGCAAUUUAUCCAGACUCAGAAGAUGUCAUUUCGAUGCACAGUGAAACCCUGAACUGGCUUAUUGGUAGAAGCUGAUAGUCUGCUUAUUCAAUGACAAAAUGCAAUUAUUAAUUGACUGCAUUGUUUUGCUAGUACUUAUUCCAGUGGACUUAUGUUACUUUGAGAUAUAUUUUCAAAUUGGCUCAUCCUAAGUAAAACCUAAUGAUUUGCUAAGUUAUAAAAGUACAAAAAGGAAGUUAGUCCAUCAUUGUUUUAAAGAAACCAAGAGUUCAGAAUUUAUGCACUGACACCAGAUUAUGCAACCAGCCCUAAAUGGCAUAUAGCUGGGCAUAAAUUAUGUACUUGAUAUUUUUAAUAUAAUUACAGACUCGGCAAUUUAGUAUUUAAAACAGAUGAAGAACUUUAAUAAUAGUUGGGUUCUUUUAUUUUAUUUUAUCCUUAUGAUGUAAAAAACACUUUGGAUGUUUAAUUAAGUAAAUGUAUGAGCAAUUGCUGUUACAGUAAGAUAGCUUGCAUGCCAUGUAAAAAAGUAUUUAAUUAACUAAAGAUUGCAAUUUAUCCUGAAUAUAUAUCAAUCAUAAAAUGUAUUAUUAGUAAUAAUAGACAAUGUUCAAUCAAAUAGCUGUUAGAAAAUAAAAUUGCACAAUAGUUUUGAAAGUUGUGAAGCUUACUUUGAGGAAAUGAGAUUUCUAUAGACAC